AUGAAGGACGACGUGCGCAGGCUCCUAUGCGUGGACCACCUCCCGCUCCUCAUGCACCAGCUGGCGGCGCCAUCCAGCCGAGCCCAUGUGGCGAUUCCGGCGGCGACGCGCGACGACAAUACGCUGCCAACGAACGGGCUACUGCAGCAUGGACUGUACCGGAAGCACACGCUCGACCAACGAAGCCGUGGCAAGCUCGAGCUGGAAGCAUGCUACGUUGGCACGGAGCUCCGCACGACGAUGCCCAACAAGGGCGCGCUUGUCGGCAACGUGUACGACGAGGUCCCGGACGAGUCGGACGAGCUCGUGUACGAUGCGCUCGAGAAGGCGUACAAUGCAGCCUUUACGAUGAGCUCAACAGAAAAGCUCGAGCGCGAACGCAAGAUCCAUGUCUGCAUGAACGAUACGUCGUUUGUGCAUGCGAAACCGGCGGCGCCGAGCCACGUGACGUCGCCCUUUGACACGAUCGAUACGUGGCGCGACGCGCUUUUGGAAGGGCGGAAGCGAGCGAUCUUUGCCGUCACGAAGCGCCAGGCCCUUUGCGACAUUGACGCCUACAAGGCGGUGCUCCAAGCGCAGCACGACGAGACACUACAGAAACUGCAGACACGCACGUUGGAGGGCUCCGCACAGGACCUUUGGACCUCUGCAGUCGUGGGCGAAUCCUCAGCGCUCAGCCUUGCCGCCUCUGCGCUUCACGAACGGCGUUUGCACCGACAACGCACCUUGCGAGACCUUGCCGCAUCAUGCCUCGAAGCCCAAGGCAAGCUACGAAGCCGCAGUGCAAAGCGCGCGAACGGCUCGCUGACGUCGCACGACGACAACGACUCUGCUCUCUCGAGCUCGCCCGACCAGCGGCGCGCGGCCAAAGACAAGCCCGUCAUGAUCUCUCGACAACGAGAUAUCCUCGGGGACAACGUCAAGAUGACGCAUUUUCUCCUGGCCGAAGCCACGUUUUACACUCAAAUGCUCCUUGGCCAGCGUCCGCCACAAGGCAUGACGGCCAGCGAGCACUUUUCAUCGACUGCCUUGGGGCUCGAGGAGAUUGCUCGGGUCGCCGAAAUCACGGCGAGUACUCUCUACAAGGAACAUGCUUGCCAAGUCGGCGAGUUUGACGCCGAGUGGCAGCGCUGGCGCCAGCGCAUCUCGGACGAAGACCGCAUCCAGGCGAUGCUGCCGCGUCAUUUCGAACUCGCGACCGUGCCGUCGCCGACGACCGUCGUCUCGGUGCCCAACCCGUUUCAGGAUGCCUCCAAGUGGGCAUGGCUCGACGAUGACGCUUCGUCACCAGUGCUCAGCGACGACGACAACGCGUCCAAGAGCGUGCAACGCAUGAAGACGCUGUACGCACAGGGUGUCAACGGCAUGGUCGUGUCGGCGUCGCCUCCGGUGCACGAGGUUCUGGCACUGCUGACGCAGCUCGGCCAGCGCGAAAACAAGUGGGGUCCGCACUUGAUUGUGACGAGCUGCGAGACUUUGGCGCUGUGGGAGUCGACGAUCGAGGCCAAAGAGGGUACCGACCUGCGACUGCUCCCGUACUGGGGCAGCGACGACGACCGCGCGACGCUCCGGAGUUUCUGGGCCGACGACCGGAUACGGGCCAAGACCGGUCCAUUCCACGUCGUGCUGACAACGUACCGGGUUCUGGCCGCGGACAUGGCCCACUGGCAUGAGCUUCAGUGGCAGCUCGUCGUGUACGACCGGCCACGAACACUGCUGCCAGAGCUACUCCAUGUUCGCUGCCGCCAGCGCUGGCUCCUUGCCGUGCCGGACGUCAGCGUCGAUGCGCGCCUGCUAUUACACUUUGUGCUCCCAGAGCUGUUUGACUCGAAGCAAAAGACACUGGCGUGGGGCACGAGCGGGUUCGAUGCCAGCGCCAUUGACCAACUCCUGCGUGUGCUCCAACAGGUCGUUGUUGCUGUUGGCUGCGAUGACGCGCCAGCGCUGGCGAACGUGGUGCGCUGCACGACUGCGGCCUGCGACGUUGAACGAGCAGCGCUCAUCAAGAUGGACGCGACGCCAGUAACCGAGUACGUGCUCUCGACGCCGCUGCUUCGCACGGAACGCCGGCACUUGGCUCGUUUCAAGAAGCAGCGCAAGGUGCACCGGUUCGCAAUCGAAGCAAAAAAGCGGCUCUUGAAGCGAUCUCACUUGCCGUCGGCGUCGGCGUCGGCCUUUGAUAUGCCGGUGCCGAGCACGGGCCCAAAGAAGCGCAACAGGUCGUCGGGAUCCCGCGCCAAGAAGCGCGUCACGCGCUGUGGCAAGUGCCCGGGCUGCCUCGCGGGCGACUGCAUGGAGUGUGGCCACUGCCAGGAUAUGAAAAAGUACGGCGGUCCUGGCCUGCGGAAACAGUCGUGCAAGAACCGCAAGUGCACCAACCCGCAAGUGAUGACGGGGUCGUCGUCGACGGCGGCGUCAGCCGCGACCGCCAAUUUGGACGACGAAGACGAGGACGGCGCGGCGCUCGCUCUCAAGGCCGACGACGACGGACACUUUUCCGAGUCGCAGGGAUCUUCAGAGAGCGACCAGAGCAAGCUGGACGACGACAUGGACGACUCGAUGGACGAUUCGAUGGAGGAAGGGGACUUGGACGAUGCACCGCUGAGCAAAACGGCGGCGAAGUCGCUCAAGUCCAAGCGCCGUAGCAAGCUCGCGAGCCUCAACAACCGCAGCCGUGUCAUGCGCUGCGGCGUCUGCGUCGGCUGCCUCUCGCCCGACUGCAUGAAGUGCCGGCACUGCCAGGAUAUGAAAAAGUAUGGCGGCCCCGGCCUGCGCAAGCAGUCGUGCAAGAGCCGCAAGUGUGUGACACCCAAAGUCGUCGUGCUCAACCAAGGCAUGGACGAAGACGGCGAGCUGUUGUACCUUGGCGACGACGCGUGGCCGCCUGUCAAGUCGUCGGUCGCGGUGACGCCGAUGUGGGCGCGCGAGACGCUCCUCGACCUUGGCAGCGGCCUCGGCGUCGCGUACCUUCUCCAGCGUCAGCUCGACCGCUUCCUCAAGGUCCCGUGCAUGAAUUGCGAAGCACGGUUUGCGACGCCGGCGCUCAAGCAGCUGCACCACCAAGUGGUCCACGCCAAGAAGACGGCCAGUGUUCCGCGCUGGCAACGCGAGCUCGCCGUUGCUGCCGUCGCGCCGUCGCUCCAGUACUCGCUCGUCGCGAGCGAAGCCACGCGCACAAAACCUCUGGACUUUGAACCGGCGGGCUAUGCCAAGCUCGUGGGUCCCGGCUUGUGCUACUACAUGCUGCAGACCGACAUCACGCUCGGCCGCCUCUCGUCCAAGUGGCGCGACCGGUACGAGUCUCUCGGCAUCAACUUUGCGCGCGGCCUCGCUGGCGGGUCGAUCGACUGCCACCUCGGCGACGACCUCAUGAUCUCGGCCAAGCACGCGCGCAUCAAGUGGGAUGUCGAGCGCCAGCAGUUUACGAUCCAGUGCCUCAGCUUCCUCACGAGCAUCUCGGUCAACGGGCGCGACCUGACGCUGGCCUCGGCGCCGCUCGGCCUUCGGAGCCGCAACCUGAUCCAGAUUGGCGCCUUCUACUUUUUCUUCCUCCUCCCCAUGGGCAACCAUGCGGCCACGUCGAGUCUGCCGCCGGGCCCGCCGGCCGAGGCGGCGUCGCGCCAAGUGCUACCGCGCGCCGAGGUCCUUGCCUGGCUGGACGCCAAGCGCAAGCGUGCGCUCGAAAGCGGCGAGAACGCGGCCGUGAAGCGCGCUCGCUACAACUAGG